AGAUUCAUACGUCGCCCAAAAUGUCCAGCGAAAAGGUGGAUGUUGAGCAGCAGAAUGAAGUUAUCAGUACCAUUGAGAAGCCUCCCCGAGAGCCCACAGACUUUGAGAUCGUGGAAGGGAAGCGCUCGAAGAAGGGUCUACUCUUACGUCCACAGCCAUCAAAUGAUCCCAAUGAUCCACUGAAUUGGCCCGCCCUCGAAAAAUACUCUACCUAUCUUACGGUCUGUUUCUUCGCCUUUCUCGGACUCGUAAACAGCAGCAACUUCACAGUCGCCAUUGUACCCGUCGCAAAAGAAUUCCAUACAACGACUACACGAGCUGGCUACCUCACCUCGAUUCAACUCCUCUUCAUGGGACUAGGGAAUCUGUUCUGGAUGCCACUUAUGCGAAUAACAGGAAAGCGGCCCGUAUACCUAUCUUCUCUGCUCCUUCUCGUCAUCACGAAUAUCUGGGGCUAUUUCGCACAUUCAUAUGGCAGUCUCUUAGCUAGCAGAAUAGUAGGCGGGUUCAUGAGUGCCGCGGCCGAUGCGACUGUUCCUGCAGUGGUUGCGGAUCUGUUCUACUUCCAUGAGAGAGGACAUUGCAUGAUGGUCUUCCAUACGGCGAUCUCAGCGGGCGUGUUUCUUGGUCCGUUGAUCAAUGCGUAUAUUGUGCAGUAUGCAGGAUGGAGGUGGAUGUUGGGGUUCAUGUCUAUAGCUGCGGGAGUUACGUUCUCGGUUGGACUGUUUAGUAUUCAUGAGACGGCCUACAAGAGGGAUGAGGCGGCUUUGGAUUUGCCUGAGCAGGAUUAUGCCCCGAAAAGAAGCUGGUGGAAGGCGUUGAGUUUGGUGGGAGGUUAUGAUAGAACUGCUAGCUUUUGGAAAUGGUUGGGGAAUACGUUGGUGUUGCUUGCCUACCCACCUGUAUUGUUUGUUGGGUUGACGAUUGGAGUAUUUGUUGGAUGGAACAUUUCAAUCCAAUUAACCUCCUCCCGCGUCUUUACCGCAGCACCCUACCACUGGCAAAUCCACGACUUAGGCCUUCUAUCCACCUCAGCUUUUGUCGGUGCCAUCAUCUCCUUCUUUAUUGGCGGUCGUCUCAUCGAUUUCAUAGCGAACCACAUGACUGCUCGAGCUGGCGGACAUCCAGAACCAGAAUUUCGUCUUCCAGCUAUGAUCUUCCCCGCCAUCAUCGGACCGAUGGGAGUUCUGACGUUUGGAUUGGUGGUGGGGAGUGGGAAGAGUUAUUGGGGAGCUGCUGUUGGAUUUGGUGGGCUGGGUUUUGGGUUGACAGCUGCGAGUAAUGUCGUGGUUACGUAUGCAGUGGAUGCUUAUAGAGCUAUUUCUGGUGAAGUCCUGGUUAUCGUCUUUGUGGUCCGGAAUGUGAUGGCUUGCAUCUUAUCAUUGUAUAUCGCAGAUUGGAUCAAGAAAGAAGGGAUCAAGAAAGCGUUUGGGGAGAUGGUAGUGAUUCAGUAUGCCAUUCUGAGUUUGAGUGUGGUUCUGUAUUUCUGGGGAAAGAGGAUCAGGGCGUGGACGGCGACAUUUGGACCUAUGAAGAAGGUGCUGAUGAGGGAAGUUUAGAUUUCUCCAUUGAGAUUGAGAAUGAAAGGCAGUUUCGUAUGCCAAGUUUUCAAUGCAAUGGUUUUGAGAGACAAAGAC